GUUAGGUUUUCCGGAAAGAGGUGAAAAUUUGGAAGCUAUGAAGAGCCGGUCGCAUCGGCUUCCGAUAACGGACCCGCAUGAUGACUGGGUAGAUGGUUCAUGGACGGUGGAUUGUGUGUGUGGUGUGAAUUUUGACGAUGGGGAAGAGAUGGUUAAUUGUGAUGAGUGUGGCGUGUGGGUGCACACGCGGUGCUCUCGCUACGUCAAGAGUGAGAAAUUAUUUGCUUGUGAUAAAUGUAAGAGUAAGAACAGUAGGAACGAUAGUGAAGAAACUGAGGUUGCACAAUUGUUGGUUGAAUUACCUACUAAAACAUUGAGGAUGGACAAUCCUUACCCUUCGAAUUGUCCUCCUCGGAGGCCGUUUAGGCUUUGGACUGAUCUUCCGAUGGAGGAGAGAGUGCAUGUUCAAGGUAUUCCAGGUGGUAACCCUAGUUUGUUCGGUGGGUUGUCGUCGGUUUUCAGCCCCGAGUUAUGGAAGUGUACUGGGUAUGUGCCCAAGAAGUUCAAUUUUCAAUAUAGUGAGUUCCCUUGUUGGGAUGAGAAGCUGGAUGUUGAUAGGAAAUCCGCAGAAGAAAAUGGAAAUCCUGUUGAUAAAGGGGCUGGUGUCUUAUUCUCGUUGUCGAAAGAGAAUGCCUUGCAUACUCCUGUGGCUACUUUGUCUUGCAUGGAAAAACAAGUUGAUGAAGAUGGCUCCAACUGGUUGGCACAUUCGCAUGAUAUGCAGAGGCGUGACUGUGAAGAUGUUGAUGUUAGGCAGCCACAGAAUGAUGUGAAGAAGGAUAGAAGUUUGCUUCAUCCUAUUGUAGUUCAUUAUGGUAAACGUAAGAAAGAAGACCUGGGGACGGCCAAAGAUCGAAGUGGAAAGAAGAAAGCCAGGACUGGUGAUAGAGAGGCAGAUUCAAAGAAGAAAGCUGCACAUGCCCCAAAUCUGUAUCCACAGAACCAACUGAUGCAAAACGAUUGGAAUUUUGUGAAGUCAGAGCUUUUAAGGAACAACCUAGCUUUUGCUGAGGAACCUUCAGAAGCCUUAUCAUCUGAUGUGGGGAGAUAUAAUUCUUCUAAUGAAGCAAGACCAAAAGAAGACAGGGUGGAGCAUCAAGUUCCUGUUAGGAUUGAGGGUUUUCCUAAAACUGACGAUUUUGUGGCGUCAUCAUUAGAUCACAAUGGGAGUGCUGCCAUUAAAGAAGAGGUUGUUGGUAAUGCACUUGAUAAUAUGAAUGAUAAGGGGGAAGUUUCUAGAAGUAGUGGCCUUGACUUGCAGAAAACAGAGCAUCUUGUUGAAGAUCAGGCAACGACUGCACCCAAAGGCAAGGAAAAUCAUUAUUUGCAAGAAAUAAAUGUUGAGAUGUCUCCAAGUUCCUUACAGCCUGAAGUCAAAGUGAAAGCAGAAGUCGAACUUGAUAAUACUACAGGGGUCUCUAUUGUGACACUGUCACCUCCUAAUGAUGUAAAAUUGGAUGGCGUGAAUCCCUUGGCCCAACAUGUAGGGAUUUCUGCUGAUCAAUUGUCUGAAAAUUCUAAAAUGGAUGAUGAUGCCACAGCUAGUUUGCAAUUCAGUGUCCAUAAAGUGCAAGAUACUGACAGGUUUAUGGCAAAAGUUGGUGAUUCACAAGCAGAUGGAGCUGAUGCAUCAGUCAAUGAUCCCUAUCAAGCUAUAUGUCAUUUGUCAGGCGCAGAAAGUUCCAUGGCGGUGUGGAAAAGUUCUUCUGAAUUGAAAUAUGGUUUAAGACCUGCUGAAGAGACAUUGAAAUCAGGGAGCACAGUCUUAUGUCCUCCAGCAAAAUCCAGUCCGAUUAAAAUGGUAGUAUCCAUGGGAAAAUCCUCUCCAACUUUGUCGGCCAAUUUGAUUUCUAAAUCCUCGGUUUCUGAUAGACGUAGGCCUGUAAGUGUUCAAAAUCAUAAUUCUAGUGCUAAACAGCAGGGAACGUAUGAUGGCAGUGUCAGUAGUAAGAAAGACAAUGCCUUGAAUGAUUUGGUUAGAGAUGGAGAUAGUUGUGAAAGGGCAAAAAAAAAUGUGACAGAGUAUUCAAAAACUUCUGUCAGUUCUAUACCGAAAACAGCACACUCAAUCAAGUUCUCACAUGCUUCUGUAUCUAAGAAAACCUUGUCUGAUUCAAAGCAUCCUUUGGUUUCUUCAUCUUCUAAAACAUCAUCAGCCCAGAACAUUGCAGCUGCUCCGGACUAUCGAGAGUUGGGCUGUUCAUCGCAAACUGAUAGUGCUUCGCAUGUACAAAAUAAGAGUACAGCCUCAAAUUUACCCCACAGAGGUGAAAAAACUAACCAGUUAAAUUGCCAGCCAUCAUCCAAGAUGAACCAUGCAGCACCAAUGCACCCGCCUGCUCCUUCAAACUCCCCUGCUACACUGAGCGAUGAAGAGCUUGCUCUACUUUUGCAUCAAGAACUUAACAGUUCUCCAAGAGUUCCUCGAGUGCCACGCAUGCGUCAAGCUGGUAGCUUACCUCAAUUAACUUCUCCAACUGCUACGAGCAUGCUAAUGAAGCGGACAUCUAGUUCUGGAGCAAAAGAUCACGGUUUGGUUCCUAGAAGAAAAAGCAAGGAUUUAGCAAAAGACGGGCCACGAAGUUAUCGCGAUCCUGAUGAUGAAGCUAAGAAAUUGGAUAGAGUAGCUUCUUCGCUUGAUCAGAGAAAACAUGAUUCAGCAUGCUCAGCAGGUGCUGUUACCAAGAGGGAGACGGACUAUGGGCCACCAAAAGAAGUGCACUCUGUCAUGAAGAGUAUCCCUCCUGCCUCUACUGCAAGCAGUGGUCCAUCUUCCUCCACUGAGGUUAAUGAACAGAAUUUGUCAUCCACUCGCAACUCACCCCAAAAUGCCUCUGACGAUGAUGUUGAUACAGUGGGUCGUCAUGCCCAUCGCACUUUACCUGGUUGUUGCCUUUCUGAGUUGUUCAAUCUUUUAGAUAUUAUGUUUCAAAGCUUCCCUGAAAUGGUUCCAACUUUGAAGUAUUACUUUGGGAGAUGUGUAUUCUUACAGGCUUGCUUAUUUAUUUGUUUAAUCAUAGGCUUGCUUGCUGAGAUCAUGGGUAAGGGCAAGCGCAUGACAUAUGAAGAACUCUGUAAUGCAGUUCUGCCACACUGGCCUCACUUGAGGAAGCAUAAUGGAGAGCGGUAUGCAUAUUCAAGUCACUCACAGGCUGUUCUUGAUUGUCUGAGGAAUCGAAAUGAAUGGGCUCGGUUGGUUGAUCGUGGUCCCAAGACCAAUGCAAGUAAGAAGAGACGCAAGGUUGAUGCUGAUCAAUCAAGUUUUGAAUCGGAGGAAAACCAGCAUAGCAAGGACAGAGCAGGAAAUGAUGGGGAAGGUAAGGGUUUUGGGUCACAUCGAGAAGAGUUUCCCAAGGGCAAGCGGAAAGCCCGAAAGCGCAGGCGACUUGCUUUACCAGGAAGAGGUGUCAAGGAUGUUAGGAGAAGACGCAAGGAAGAUUUUCUCAGUGACGAUGAUGUUGGCUCAUUUUCCAAUUCUAGUGAGGAGAGCAUGUUCAGCGAGGAUGAGGUGCAGGGUGGUGGAACAUGUCCAGUUGGGAGUGAGGCUUCUGCCAGUUCAGAUGAAAAGGAUUCCAUGCUGUAG